UGGAUGAUAUUGGUCGCGAAAGCCUACGUGAUAAAUUAGUGCGACUGAUUGGUCGUUUGAGCCGUAAGGUUAGGUUGUGGGUAAGCGACCAAAACACCCAGAAAGCUUCCGAGCUCAUCAAACCUCGCCUGCUAAGCAGGCUUGAGCCUGGAUGGCGCUUGGAUGGGUGACUCCCACGCACAGACAGGUUGCAAUAGGGCUAUCGGGCCCUAUGGCAACCUUCAAUCCACGCUGACCUGGGUGGCGAAGUAUGGUAAAGAAAAAUCCCUCACAACCCACGCGGUGUGGGAAGGCUCUGAUCCAGCAGUGGAUUUAGAGAAGCUCUAACUGGUUCAGACAUUCGUCACUGAUGUUUGUCGUGAACGGGAAUCGAGCUCAAGUAGCGGGAUUAACAACGCAGUGCGUGUUGGAUCCCGAUUUGGUGGCUGAGUGGGGAUUGUACCAUCGCAUGUCAUGAUGCUGUGGCGGAUUCCUCUUGCUCCUCCCUUAAACUGUGGCUGGUUAGCAAACACUGGGCAGGCUCAGAUUUAUACUCCAUUGCACUGAAGGAAGAACUGUGCGCUGCUGGAAACUCUGCCCAGUUCAUGAAUCGCACCCUAGAAGUGGCACUACAACAAUUUUCUGGCCCAACAGAGCUGUGACUGAAUGAUAUUAAAUAAAUUCUGCACUAUAACCAUGCAUUGAUAAGUUACUAACUUACGACUCACCAUGAAAUGCAGAACAUAUAUUCUGCCUGUAUCUUGUGUGUAAUUUAAAUGUGCAGUAAUUUACCCACGUAUUAAAAUGUAUGUAUUCAUGUUUUCACCCCACAGAGUGUGUGAGGGGAUGUGAUUUUGAUGAAAUAGGGGACUUCUGUGGCUGGGAGAACAGCGGAGGGGACAUGGGCUGGGAGUUUUGGAACGGUCCCACAAACACUGAGAACACUGGGCCUGACGAUGACUUCUCUCGGCCUGGCUUUGGGAAUUACCUGCUGCUGGACUCUGAGUACAACGACCCUGGAACGGCGCUGCUGCUGGAGAGUCCGGCUCUCCCCUCCUCUGGGUGCCUCGUCCUGAGCUUCCACUACUUCCUGUAUGGGUCAGCAGAGAACAUGGCCAUCAACGUUUACAUCAACAAAGCCGUCAAUGGACAACCCGUGUGGACUGCUCAGGGAAACCAGGGAGAACAGUGGAUUUUAGCUCGAGUCAUGUUCCCUGAGUCCGGAAAUGUGCAAUUUGCCAUCGAAGGAGUGCGUGGAGGGACACCUGAGAGCGAUAUUGCUGUGGACAGCGUCUGCAUCUCAGUCUGUGAGCCUUCAGGUAAAUAUGAGGUUGUCGUAGUGGCAGUAUUCAUAUAAAACCGUCCUAAUUGACAUGUGCAUUCUAGAUUAAAUUCCAGGAUUACAGCACAGGACACAUUGGUUGCGUGUCUCUAGAUACAUAUUUGUAGCUGUAUUUGUGAUGCCUCAUCUUUUGGUACAUCACUGUUGGUAAUGUAGAAAAAUGAUUUCCUCUCUAAAUGUGUGCCUUGUAUUUGUUUCUGCACUCGUUUGGUCAUCGAUGCACACACGGACCACCUCUACAAACGCGAGAGAAUGUUUCACCGGCAUUUCCCCUGCACCUCUGAUUAGCACGGUUGGCGACAUACGGUGGAAAAGUUCAACAUACAUAGAUUAAUCACGAUGCAAAAGAUGUCACUCUACUCCGAAAACCCCAAUUACAGCCAUAUCGUGUGUGGUUGUGUAAAGUUAAAUUGUUAAAUUUUCAGACGCUACUCAUACCAUUAUAAACUGGCAAUUUCCCUGUGAAUGAGCAUGCUUAUGCCCUGUAUUGGAGAUGUGUUUGCUCACACAGUGGUAUUAGUUCUACCAUGGCACUGCAGGCUCACGAUUGACAAAAGGCUCUUAUGGUGUGUUCUUCAAAUGGCCUUGCUUAAAGUGACCUUGGCAGUUUACUACAACUGCAUACUGUGCAAGACGUAACCAAAGCAUGCAAUUGCCAUCUCACAGCUCUUCGGCACAUCCGUCCCAUGCCCUCAAUUGCCGCAGAUAACACCCUCGCCUGCUGUAUCAUAGGUUCC